AUGGCCCCUUUCGAGGCUUUGUAUGGACGUAAGUGUCGUACGCCUCUUUGUUGGAGGGAAAUUGGAGAGAAAGUGUUGACAGGGCCCGGACUUGUGCAAAUCACAAGUGAUAGGAUUCAAGUGAUUAGAGAAAGAAUGAAAGCGGCCCAGGAUCGACAAAAGUCCUACGCGGAUCAUCGUAGAAGGCCGAUCGAGUUCUCGGUCGGUGAUCUAGUAAUGCUGAAGGUUUCCCCGUGGCGUGGUGUGCUACGAUUUAGAAAGCAAGGGAAACUCAGUCCACGUUUUAUCGGUCCAUUCAAGAUUAUUGAACGAGUUGGGAAACAAGCCUACCGUUUAGAACUACCCGAAGAAUUAGCGGGUAUACAUGAUGUUUUCCAUGUCGGCUAUCUACGAAAAUGUUUGGGCAAACAUGAAGAAGUAGUACCCUUGUCGGAAGUUAAGAUAAAUGAAAAACUUCGAUAUGCCGAAGAGCCCGAAAAUAUCUUGAAAGAGCGGACAGUGAAAUUGUGCAAUAAGGAGGUAGAUUUGGUAUUAGUGAGGUGGAAACAUCAUCAUGGGUCAAAUUGGACGUGGGAACGCAAGGAUGAGAUGAAGGCGAAAUACCCAUCAUUAUUUUCACAACAGUGA